GUUCACAAUGGAGGUUUAAAUCAUGGUAUUGAUAUCAAGAUAAGAACACAAUCACAACGGAUUUUUUUUCCUUCAUUAACAGACAUUUAUUAUUCUAGUAAUUUUUAUUCUGCCAAUUUAGGGAAAAAAAUUCAACCGCCAACGGUAGAAUUCAAAAAGAGAUUCAAAUUUCAAAUUUUUCGGCCGUUAGAAACGUCUCCUCCUAUAAAAAUCCAUCCUCUCCGCUCCUCCACUUUACAACGCCGCCGCUCUUCCUCCUCUAUUCGUUUUCAAUUUCCCUUUAGAAAUCUCUCCGCGAUAACAGCAAGAAUGGCUGCGAUUGCAGAAACGAUGCACCAUGUUUCCGAUCCGGAACCCGCUAAGAAACCCAGAUCCAAAAGAGCGCUGAAGCCCAAAGCAGCCCCAUCAACGAACGAGGCCAACAUUCUGGCCGGAACCCAGCCAUCUCCGGUUGCUGCGGCGCUGACACCGGCUGAUUCCGUCGCCUCCAAAGAGAACUCUCUGCCCGUGUCUCAGAAGAAGUCUAAGAAAGGGGCCUCCAAGGCGGCCGCAAAGAAGCAAGCCGAACCGGCUUCUUUUGAGAAAGAAUUGCAAGAAAUGCAAGAGAAGCUUCAACAGAUGAGGCUGGAGAAGGAGCAAACCGAGGAGCUCUUGAAGGUUAAGGAAGAAGCCUUGAAGCAAAACGAGGAGGAGAAAGAAAAGCUUCAUUUGGAACUCAAAAAGUUACAGAAAGUCAAGGAAUUCAAGCCCACCAUGAACCUUCCUAUGAUUCAAAUUCUUCAAGACAAAGAUCAAGACAAGAAAGGAAAGAAGAAGGGGGAUCAUCCCAAGAGGCCAUCCCCUGCUUAUGCUUUGUGGUGCAAAGAUCAAUGGAAUGAGGUUAAGAAAGCAAAUCCGGAUGCAGAGUUUAAGGAGAUCUCAAAUCUGCUGGGGGCAAAAUGGAAGACAAUUAGCGCUGAAGAGAAGAAACCUUAUGAGGAAAGAUAUCAAGCCGAGAAGGAAGCUUACUUGAAGAUCAUUGGGAAUGAAAAGCGGGAGCAUGAAGCCAUGAAGCUUUUGGAGGAAGAGCAAAAGCAGAAAAUAGCCAUGGAGUUGCUUGAACAGUACGUGCAGUUCACUCAAGAAGCAGAGAAGGAAAAAGAUAACAAAAAGAACAAGAAGGAGAAGGAUCCACUGAAACCAAAGCACCCCAUAUCUGCUUUCUUCCUGUACUCAAAUGAGCGGCGCCCAACUUUGUUGGCAGAGAACAAAAACAUUUUAGAGGUUGCGAAGAUCUUAGGUGAAGAAUGGAAGAACAUGACUGAGAAGCAGAGAGCUCCUUAUGAAAAGAUUGCAAACAAGAACAAGGAGCAGUAUAUGCAUGAGAUGGAACUUUACAAACAGAAGAAGGAAGAAGAAGCUGCUAGCCUCAAAAAGGAAGAAGAAGAGAUGAUGAAACUCCAUAAGCAGGAGGCUCUGCAAUUGCUUAAGAAGAAGGAGAAAACAGAAAACAUCAUUAAGGUUAGAUAAAUUACAAUAUCAUAUCAUAUGUUGUUAUCUAAUUCAAGUCAAAUGUUUGCUUUACUGGAUUCAUGGAUAAUGUAGAAAACAAAAGAGAAUCGCCAAAAGAAGAAAGAGGAGAAGGAAGUCGAUCCUAACAAGCCAAAGAAGCCAGCCUCUUCAUUCCUCUUGUUUAGCAAGGAGGCAAGGAAAACACUGGUGGAAGAAAGGCCAGGGAUUAACAACUCCACACUCAGUGCACUCAUUUCUCUCAAGUGGAAGGAACUCAGUGAUGAAGAGAGACAAAGCUGGAAUGAGACAGCUGCCAAAGCUAUGGAUGUUUAUAAGAAAGAACUGGAAGCAUACAACAGCAAGUUGGCAGCAGAGAAUCAACAGAACAACUAAGAAGAUAGAUGGUGACCCUAACUUGGCUGAAUUCUGUUUGUUCAAUGGAAUCUAUUGAACAUGUUUCUAUUACAAAUCAUUUGUCUUUGAAGGAGGGCAGAAGUAGUGGUAGCAGUAGUUGUAGUUAAUUACUCGUUGGUAGAUGACUAUCAUUAUUCAAUCAACUUUGAUUGUAUUGUCUAACUAGCUUUUAAAGAUUGUUUGAUCUUCUUUUACUGAAUUGAAGUUGGGUUUUUCGAGUUUUUUUUUACUCGAAUCACAUAAUUUGAUGACCAUGUUGUUCUGCUAUAUUGAUGUAGACAGCUUAAGUAGGAUUAUCAUGCUAGGUAGUGUCUUCUAGCCUAAUUAUCUCUGGGGUCCCUUGUCUCUCAGCAUUGCUCUCAAUCUACAUGCAAAUAAUCAAUAAUGGAGAUACCUACUUUCAUA